CACUGCAAGUGCUGUCAUUCCCUGAGCAGCAGCCAUGGAUCCCACAGUGAGUCCUUACGAGUACUACGACUAUGACGAGACGGAGAACUCCACCAUGUGCGACUACUCGGAGUGGACGCCGUCCUACUCCGUCAUCCCCGUGCUCUACAUGCUCAUCUUCAUCCUGGGCCUGUCGGGGAACGGCGUGGUCAUCUUCACCGUGUGGCGAGCGCAGGGCAAGCGGCGGGCGGCCGACGUCUACAUCGGCAACCUGGCGCUGGCCGACCUGACCCUGGUGGUCACGCUGCCCCUGUGGGCGGUCUACACGGCCAUGGGCUACCACUGGCCCUUCGGGGUGGCCUUGUGCAAGCUCAGCAGCUACGUGGUGCUCCUCAACAUGUACGCCAGCGUCUUCUGCCUCACCUGCAUGAGCUUCGACCGCUACCUGGCCAUCGUGCACUCCCUGUCCAGCACGCAGCUGCGCACUCGCGGCCACAUUCGCGGCUCCCUGGCCGCCAUCUGGAUGAUCUCGGGGCUCCUCGCCGCGCCCACACUUAUCUUCCGCACCACCAGGCACGACCCCGCCAGCAACCGCACCUCCUGCGCCAUGGACUUCGGCCUGGUGGUGAGCAACAAGCAGCAGGAGAACUUGUGGAUCGCCGGGCUGAGCAUCUCCUCGUCGGCGCUGGGCUUCCUGCUGCCCUUCCUGGCCAUGAUGGUGUGCUACGGCUUCAUCGGCUGCACCGUCACGCGCCACUUCAACACGCUGCGCAAGGAGGACCAGCGUAAAAGGCGGCUGCUGAAGAUCAUCACCACGCUGGUGGUGGUCUUCGCCGCCUGCUGGAUCCCCUUCCACGUGGUGAAGAGCGCCGACGCCCUCUCCUACCUGGACCUCUUCCCCGCCACCUGCGCCUUCCUGCGCUUCCUCCUCCUGGCCCACCCGUACGCCACCUGCCUGGCCUACGUCAACAGCUGCCUCAACCCCUUCCUCUACGCCUUCUUCGACCUGCGCUUCAGGUCGCAGUGCCUCUGCCUGCUCCACCUCAAAAAGUCCUUGCACGCCAGCCCCGCCGGCUCCUUGUCCUCCCAGAAGACGGAGGCCCAGUCCCUCGCCACCAAGGUCUGACUAACUAAAGCUGGGACUUGGCGUAGGGGUUUCGCGGCCUGCCGGACUGCUCGCAACAGGCUCGUGACUUGAGGGCGCUACGGCCUCGGAAAAGGACCGAUCGUCAAGUAACAAAACUGCAAAAAAGGAAAACGCGUCCUUCAUUUGACGGCUUCCUUUUUUUGUGUUGACCUCUCGUUUUUUGUUAAGCACUUGAGGUGUGACGCCCGCUUGGUGUGUGUGCGUGUGUGUUCUUGUAUUUCUAGCCUUCUUGAGACAUGAAGAAGGAAAAGUAGCUUCCAUAUGAGGAGGUGUGAACAAGUGAUGACAUAAAUCAUGGUCCCAAUACGGAAAACUAUUACAUCUAAUCGAACAUCUAGUGUCUCAUUUGCACCCCCUGCUGGUGACAUCUAUCAAAAUUAGGAGUGGUCCCAAAAAGGAGGGAUUUUUCAAGUUGACUGUGUGUCGGUUUUAAAAGUGCUCCCUCCUAUGGUUAACAUAUGAAAUAACAAGUGUGUGUGAAAAAAAUUUGAAGUGUUCCACCUCUGGCCAACAUAUGUAAUAGCAAGUGUGUGCAAGGAAUUGAAACGCGCCCCCUUUGGCCAAAAUUAAUAAUUAAAAAAAGAUGUAUAUAGAGACACGCUGUAAUAACUUGAAGUAAAAUAAUGAAAAUUACAAACAAAAAAAUUCAACAACAAAAAAAAAUUAACUAAAAGCAGUCUUUUUCUCACAAUGUGUCGACUUUUUCCUUAUAAAAUCGGGAACAAUUUCUCAUAUUCUUUCUGUUUCUGUAAUAUUGCAAUAUUUUCUCGUAAAAUUAUUACUUUUUUAAUGCAAAACGGUGACAUUAGUCAUAUAAAAUUCGGACUUUUUCCGCAAUAUUGCCAAAAAAAAUUUGUUGUUCUUGUAAAAUAGUGACAUUUUUUUGGAGUAAAACUGUGACUUUUGUCAUCAUUUCGCCAAGUAAAAUUCAGAUUGUCAUUAUAAUAUCGCCAACAUUUUUAAGUUUUCCUGUAAAAAGUAAAAUGACGACUCUUUUCAUAAAAUUGCCAACAUUUUAAGCUUGUCUUGUAAAAUUGCGACUGUCGUUGAGUAAAAUAUUGCACACAUAUUCAGGGUUUUAUGGUAAAAUUUGGACUUGCGUUGAGUAAAAUUAAGACUUUUGUUAGAAUACUGCCAAAAUUUGAAGUUUUUCUUGUGAAAUUGUGACCUUUUUCUUGUGAAAUUCCAACUCAUUUUUUCAUAUUUGCAUAGUAUGUAUAUAUUAGUAAUGUUGUAAAUACACUUCUUUAUACAUCUAGAAAGGGUGGUCCUAAAGAGGUUUUCGGAGGUUUCAAGAAGGUAACAAAUACAAGAGUGUGUGUGUGUGUGUGUGUGUGUGUGUGUGUGUGUGUGUGUGUGUGUGUGUGUGUGUGUGUGUGUGUGUUAGGUGUCGUAAGCAGAGACGAGGGUCUUGGGGAGGAAGGGAGACCAGACAGACAGACAGAUGGCAGCUGACAAAUGUUUUCAGACUAGCCCAAUUAAAAGAAUGUUUGCUUCUUCCUGCGGACGCCUUGCUGAGGGGAGGCGGUGGUCCUGCCAUUGUGUUUGCCGAGGGCUUCCAAAUCAAAGAGUGCAGGAAAUGCAUGUUGGGACUGUCGUUUCCGCCCUCCUUCUCCCCGGACCCCUGAGCGGACUUUACAGGAGCCAGGAGGUCAAGCAGGAAAGACACAAGGGUGGUUCCUGAUCAGGGAUAUCCUGCCUUUCUGGUGCGUCGCACCGCUUUUAAAUGCGUCUAAACUCUCAAUCCUUAUUUCAUCAGCGGCCAGAGAAAGAGAGAUGGAGAGGGAAAACACCUGAAGUGACGGAUGAGGCUUCUCUUUCUCCCUCCUUUUCAAAGGCGCUCACACAAGGCCGCCAUCGUUAGUGGAGACACGUCGUUUCCGAGGGCGAUGGCGGUGGAAGACGCUCCGGAUCUUGGCCUUAUUGUGUAAGUGACUGCACAAAGUCUCCCUUCUUCAUCUCUCCUCCCGCAUCCUGUCGGUUGCUUUCGCUACUAAAAGGCUCCUCUGUGACCUCAGCUGCACGCUUUUAGUGUGCUGGCGUGCAGGUAAAGCCAACCAUGAAGCCAUUAAAGACCCAUUAAUGAGGACA